AUGGCCUGGGUGGUAACCUCAGAGGCGGCGAUCCUGCUCACGGGCUACAACCGCUGGGGGAACUUCAGCCAGAACCCGUCCGGAGAGGUGGCGGAGGCCUUGAAUGGCAGUGUUGUGGAAGAUCUGUUGAUCCACAGCAUUCGCAUCGACGUGAGUGAAGCCGGAGUUCUGGAAGCCUCGCAGAUGGUGCGAGACGCCUGGCCACGAACAAGCUUUGAGGAUGAAGCCAAAGGCUUGAAGCUGGAGACCAUGGCCUUCAAUGCGCGCGCUGAAAACAAAGGCCCAGUGGUGCCGACUGGCCCCAAGUUGCUUCCGACCACCGGGGAUCUCGGGGCCGUGGCACUAAAUACGAAGAACCCCCAUGAGCUUUGGAGCCGAGAUGCAGGCACCUUUUUCUGCAAUGAGAUCUAUUACCGAACCCUCUACCAGCUCCGUGAGCGCGAGAAGCCUACAGCCCGCUGCCGUGGAGCGCUCGUGCCGUGCCUCUUCAUCCAUGUGCCGCCCCUGCACCAGCUGCCGCUGAAGGAGUCCAGUUCCUUCGUCUUCAGCUUGCUGGGAGACCUGAUCCGAGCUUCUGGGCGCCCUGAUCUGCAGCUGAGCUUCGUGCUUCGAAGAACAAACACACCUUUAAUAUCCUUUAAUGGCGUUGUAAAGUGGAAUGAUUGUUAA